AUGACCACCAAACUAGGUCUCCAUAGUUCCUACCUCUCAAUCCUCCACUCCCAGUCAUUCACCUGGACCUUUUCCCACGCCCUCCUCACAUCCCCCACAUUCCACGUGAUAAACCCGCGAGCGCACCGCGCGAAGGGCGACACGGUGUCGGUGCGCGUGCGUGCUGCGGCUGUGGCGGGACUGGGCGAUGAGGCGAUUUUGGCGUUGCUCACGAAGGGGUUUUUCGGGGGCUGGGUGUUUGGGAUUGAGGGGUGGGUGAUGCGGGUCUGUGGGGGAGUGGCGCCUGCUUGUUUUCAGGGUAUGUAUCCCACAGCCACAAAAACACCAACCUCACCAUCACCGUCAUUACCCGGCUACAGUUGCGUCGAUUACGGAUUCGGCUCCGACAGUGGUAGCUUUGCAGGCGCUCAUCGGUUUGCAGUUGUGCGUCAGGAACGGGACGAUGAAGCGGGGAAAGAGGGAGAAGAAGAGUAUGUAGAGUUGAAACUGGAGUGUUUCCGGUGCAAUCCGUUGGUAAAUCGGGAGUCGUGGGCUGAGUGGGUGCCGUGGCUGCAUUAU